UGCACGGGGCGCCCUGCCCGUGGUGAGCGGCGUCCUCCUCGUGGUGCGCGGCGCUCUCCUCACGCCGUGCCUGUUCGUCGGUAGCUGCUCGGCUCUGACGAGAAUGAUGGAUUUUGAGAAUCUUUUCUCCAAACCCCCCAACCCGGCUCUCGGCAAGAAGUCCGCCACGGACUCUGACCAAAGAAUCGAUGGUGAAAUAGAUGAUACAGAAGUUGAAGAAACACGAGAAGAGAAAAUAAAAUGGAAAGUAAAACUGAAGUGUGAGCAGAUUUCCAAAAAAUUUAGGCACUUUGGAAACUCUACAUCACGGAAGAAUUUGCAACGUAGAAAAUCAAGAAGUAAGGACUAUGAUGUAUAUAGUGAUAAUGAUAUCUGCAGUCAGGAAUCAGAAGAUAAUUUUGCUAAAGAGCUUCAACAAUAUAUACAAGCUAAAGAGAUGGCAAAUGUUACUCAAUCCUUAUCGCUUCCUGAAGAAUCUGUGAAGAAAGAGGGAGCAAAGGAUACCCAGAAAGGUAAAGCUGUUAAACAAAAAAAUAAAAAUAAAAACCUUAAAGCUGUUCACAAGAAUGGUAAACAGAAGAAAAUGAAGCGAAAAUGGCCUGGCACUGGAGACAAAGGAUCAAACGCUUCCCUGAGGAACAAUGGCUCACAGGAACAGGAUGGUAAACCUGAAGAGAAGCAGCAGCCUGUGAGAAUGAGUCAGGGAUUCAUCAACCAACAUACGGUGCAGCGCCAGGGAAAACAAAUUUGUAAAUAUUUUCUUGAAAGGAAAUGUAUUAAGGGAGACCAGUGUAAGUUUGAUCAUGCUGCAGAGAUAGAGAAGAAAAAGGAAAUGUGUAAGUUUUAUGUACAAGGAUAUUGUACCAGAGGUGAAAACUGUCUAUAUUUGCAUAAUGAGUAUCCUUGCAAGUUUUACCAUACAGGAGCAAAAUGUUAUCAGGGAGAAUAUUGCAAGUUUUCACAUGAUCCACUGACUGCUGAAACACAAGAACUGUUGGCUAAAGUUUUGAAUCCUGAAAAGAAGUCGUCAUGAAAGUAAGAUACAUAAAAAGCUUUGUAUGGAUGAAGAGUGCUUGUGUCUGCCUGUUCAAGACUAUUCAAGACUUGAUUUGGAGUGGUUUACAAAAUUCCUCAUUUAAAGCGCCCUCUUGUGUCAUUACAGUAAUGUGCAACUCUUCAGUGGGUGGCGCCGAGGGACAGAAUGUAGUGUCUAAGUGAAGGGUUGGUCUUCACCAAGAUGGUUCCAGCCAUUGAAACAUAUGUGAAACAUAUGGGAGGAGCAUAUGUGACAGAGAUGCUGGCUGGUGGGUAAAUGUUGUAGUAGACUGCAGAAGUCUCUUCUGAUUGAUUGCGUUUUCUCAAUAAAAUAGGAGGAAGGUUAGGCUGAGUGAGGAUGGAAGAGAGAAAACUACUAGGUUCCACUAGGAAGACAUUGGGAUAAUAGACAAUGAAUAUACAGCUAGAUCUUUUCAUGUCAUUAAAUACAUUCACAACAUAUUUUUAUUGUUUGCUCACAGUUCUGUUUUAUGGCUUAAAUUAUGGUUCUGUGAUUUUUUUAAAACCAGUUUCCUAUUGUUGAACA